UAUUCACACUGAAUCUAUCUUUAAACGGAGUAGUAGCACGAUGUGUAUAUCAGCAGAUUAUCACGGCUACAGCGAGAAAGAUCAUUUAAACAUCAAAGCUUUCUUCAUUCGUUUUUCCGGCUUCGAUACCCCAAAAGUAUUGCCGGAUUCCGCCACUCUCGUCUAUCUUCCAAGAAUCCAUGGGAAUGCUCUUGAGGUUAACGGUUCGAAGAUCCGACCCGAAUCGCAGGCGUUCGUUUCUCUUUACCUCGUGGAUAACGCGAAGACGAAAGAUGGGGAGGUGAUAUACGGGAGCAGGGAGCGGGUUGGGAUUCCCGUGGGGUUGCGGUUUGAGGUAUAUUUGAGAGAGGAGAAGGUGUUGAAGGGAAUUUUUAGAAAAGACGGGGAGAAAGAGUGGAAACUAGAGUGCAAGUGCGAGAUGGAAGGGGAUAUUUUUAAGGCGGUGGCGGCGCAGGUGUGCGUGGCGUUGGAGGGACACGUGGCAGUGAGUGAGAGCGUGGAAAUGGUGAGGAGGAGGAAGAUGAUGAUGAGGAGAAGAGAGAUUGAAUUGCUUGAGGUGAUCCCAGAAGAGAAAGAGGAAUCGGACGGUAGGUAUUGCUGGUCAGGAGAAAGAUCGGAGGGUGAGGAGGCGGAGGAGGGGAUGGAGAUGGAGAUGGAGAUGGAGAUGGAGAUGGAGGGAAUGAAAUGGGCGAUUGAUGUGGGGAUUUGGGUAAUGUGUUUUGGUGUUGGGUAUUUGGUCUCUAAGGCUUCUGCCAACACCUUGAGACGCAGAAAGAUAUUCUUUUAACUUGGAUAACAACGCUACUUCAAACACAAUCAGUUGGAGAAAGACCGUAAAAUGUUCCCGCGCGCACGGACGGCCCAG